AUGCCACCCAAAGCCAUGAAAGCCAUGAAGGUCUUGAAGCUCAACCUCAAAAGGCCAGGUGCCAGUGGCUUGGAAAGCCUUGAAAGAAAAGAAGGGAUGAGCCUGGAAGACAAGAUGGAGCUCUUCAGGAAGAAGGGGAACAAGGAUGUGGGUUCCUUUUUGGAUUCCCUGACUAAGCAGCAAAGGGAAGCUUUGUGGCAGAGGUUUGCCAGUGCAAGGGCUUCUCUGAAGGAUGGUGAGGCUGAUGCCAUGUGGGCAGAAGUGGCCAAGGGCAAGGGGUCAGAUGGCCCAAAGAAGAAGCUGCUGGGCACCUUCUUGAAGCUGGGGGGUGACCUGAAAGGCAAGAAGGACCUCUGGCACAAGGAGCUGCUGACCUACAGCAAAAGCAGUGGUGAAAGGCACACUGAGGAGUGGGUGCCCUUCCAAGCCAUCCUCAAGAGGUUUGGGCUGCAGGUCAAGAGAGGAAGCAUUGCCUGCAGAAGGGACCCAGCUGACAGACAUGAGUGGCAGUUCAGCUUGAGAAAGUCUGUGGCAUGGACUGAGGAGGAGGCCAGGCAUAGCUUCCAAGGGGAAAGCAAUGUGAAGGUUGAAGCAGCACACUGGCUGGAGCUGAAAGCAAAGGGGUUGCUGGAGGAUGGAGCUGAGGACAAGACCCUGGCAGACAAGGCCCUCCAGGAUGUCUUGCCCAGUAACAGCAAGGGCUCCGGCAACAAGCAGCCCCUGGCCUUGAAAGACAAGAGUGAGGAUGAGAAGGAAGAUGAAGAUAGCCCUGACAAAAAAAGAGACAAGGAUGGCCAAGUGGCAGAGGCUGAAGUCCUGUCUGAGGUGGGCAAGGCCCUGCCAAAGAAGGAAGCUGCUCUCAGGGUCACCAGGAUGGUCAAGCUACUGAAGGCAGUCAAAAAGGAUGUUGGUGCUGCAAAGGGAAAGCCUUUGGAUGAAUGCCUGGCAAAGCUUGAGAAGCUGCAAAAGAUGGGGGACAAGGUAAGCCUGGAGGAUGCGAAGGGGAAGCUCUUUGAUGCUGCCAUCCAGAUCAAGAAGGGGCCAUCUGUCCAAGCUCUUGCAUUGGCAGCAACCAAGAGUGGUGCUAACUCUGCUGAUUUGCAGCAAUUGGCUUCACUGGGGAACUAUGGGAGGUCUUCUGAGCACAUAGCCUCCCAAAUGAUUUCCAAGUAUUGCAAGUCAGACAGCAUCAAGCUUCCUGAGCCCUACUUUGUUGACACCCCUGUUCGUGUGAGAACUGCAGAUGACUGGGUGGUUGCUGUCAAGCCAGUGGCAUUGUACUUGCCACAUGAGUGGUUUGCAUGGCUACGGCUAGAGGAGCAAGCUGCUGGCUUUGAGCAACUGGAGGAAUUCUGGGAGAAUCAUCCCAUGGGUGACCCCAAAUUGGAUGGCAAUCCAAUCAUGGAAGGAUGUGGCAAGUACCUGCCCCUCAUUCUUCAUGGGGAUGGUGGGGCAUUCCAGCGAGCAGAUAGCAUUCUGGUGCUGAACAUGAGAUCACUGCUAUCUUCAUCCAGUGUAGCCCACAGCCAGAUGCUCCUCCUAGCCCUUCCAAAGUCUGCAAUCCACAAAUCUGAGAUUCUUGCUGAAGAUACCAUGCAUUGCCUCUGGUCAGUGCUGACCUGGUCAAUGCAACAUAUGUACUUCGGCAAAUUUCCAGAGAAAGCUGCAGAUGGCAAAGACUGGCAGCACAAGUCAGCAAGGGGCCAAAAGGCAGGAACCUUGUUGAAUUCUGCAGGGCUUUGUGGAAUGAUCUUUGCCAUCACAGCAGAUGGCGAGUUCUUUCAAAAUGAAUACAAGCUGCCAGGAAGUUCCCAUGCAGAGUGCUGUUGGAGCUGUGGGGCAAACAGGUCCAGUCACCCACACAAUGACUAUAGAGCUGGAGCCAAAUGGAGGGAGACCAUCAAGAACCAUAAGGGCAGCAACCCCACAGACCACCUGAUCAUGACAGUGCCAGGCAUCAAUGGCUACACCUUGGCCUAUGACUCUCUGCACAUCUUGGAGCUGGGUGUUUCAGCCCACAUUGUGGCCAACUUCAUGUUUGACAUGGUGGUGAAGGCAGAAUUGCCAGGCAGCUCUUUUGAAGCCAGGCUGAAGGAACUUUUCAGAAAACUGUCUGGCUUAUACACUGAGCUGGCCACAGACUCCAGCAACCAAGUGAGAAGACUUCACUUGUCCACUUUCUGCCAGCCCAACAAGAAGUGGGACAGUUUUCCUGAGCUCUCAGGUGUGAAAGCAAAACAGGUGAGACACCUCAUCCCUCCACUCCUGGAACUCAGCCAGGAUUUGGUCGAUGAGAGCUCUUACAAAAAGCACAGGCUUGAGUGCAUCAAGAACCUCAACCAAAUGUAUGAAGCUAUGGAGUGCCAGGGGCUGCAUCCUGAUGAGUCAGCAUAUGAGCAGUACAAGAGGAGCACAGAGAAAUGUUUACUCCAUUACAGCAAGCUUGCCAAGAUUGCAAUCUCUCAGAGCAUUCUUCAAUGGAACACUGUGCACAAGCACCACUUGGCUUGCCAUAUGCCAGAACAAUUUAGGCACUUGAACUGCAGGUUUGUGUCAACAUACUCUGGUGAAACAAUGGUGGGCUUCAUGGCCUCUCUUGGGCACGCCUGCCUCAAUGGCACUCCUCCACAUUUGGUGCCUGCAAAGGUUGCCUGGAGAUAUAGAUUGGGACUGCACCUGAGGGUGACACAUGGUGACUUUGACCUGGUGGAUUCUGAAGAGGGACUGUGA